UGGCCACUCUAGGACUCUGACCCUCGCUCGUUUUAACCGCUUUUGUUCUGCAGGAGGCGAUGCGGCUGCGGGGAAAGUUUUGCGAGGACGGAGAUGCGGGCGGGAGGCUGUUCGAUGUAUAGGCCGGAAGCAUCUUGUCUCCUUGCCUAGACACAAAAAUAUCUCAUGAACAAGGAGCGUGAACAGAUCUGUGGCCCCAUUUAAAGCUGUGUUGGAGAAAGGAGGAAGAUGGAGACGCCGCAUUUAGCAAGUGAGGCAACUGGAAAAGAACCUUCUGCCAUUCAGGUUGGGAGCUGUGACAAGAUCUGGGCAAUCACUGGGCAGAAGAUCCCGGAGGAGGAAACCAUCCCCUGUUCAGAAGUUCAGCCAUGGAACUUCAGGAGCUUCCAAUAUCAAGAAGCUGAGGGUCCCCGAGGACUUUGCAACCGAUUCCACCAACUUUACCAUGAAUGGCUGCAGCCAGAAAGGAACACGAAGGCCCAGAUGCUGGACUUGGUGAUCCUAAAGCAUUUCCUGGCCCUCCUGCCCCCUGAAAUGGAAAGGUGGGUUCGGGAGUGUGGAGCAAAAACCAGCUCCCAGGCGGUGGCCCUGGCUGAAGGCUUCCUCAUGAGCCAGGUGGAAGAGAAGCAGCAGAAAAAUCUGCAGCAGCAGCAGGAGUCCCCCUCAGCUGUCAUCCCUGAAGAUCCAGAUAGAGAAUAUCCCUCUGAGGAGCUGCUUUUCGAGCCCUUCUCCACCGAAGAUCCUGAUCAGGGCACCUCAGGAGGGAACAGAACCAUCUCAUUUGUAUUCGUACAGCCAUCUUGUUCCAGUGAAGCUGAAGACGUAGCUGAAGCUCCAGCUCAGGUAGCAGAACAAAUCUCAGAAGAUGCAGGGAAACAGGGUCCUGUGUCCUUUGAGGAGGUAGCGGUGUAUUUUUCUGAGGAGGAGUGGUCUCAAAUGGAUGCCCACCAAAAAGCCCUCCACGAGGAAGUGAUGCUGGAGAAUUCUCAGAAUGUGGCCUCUCUGGGAGCUCAUGGGCAGGAGAAUGACGGUUGCCAGGAACCAUUUCAAGAGAUUAAUCAGAAAAAAGAAGAAAGACUUAUAAAAGAGAAAAAUCAGUCAAAAAAACAGGGGAGGAAAAAAAUCAAUCCUCACUGUAUUCAGAAUCAAGAUGCCCUUCAACAACAACCUUGGAAAGGAAGGGAAAAAGAGAAGAUGUUAGGGAAAAGAAAGGAAGUAUUCGAAGACACAGUAGUAGUAAAUAAAAACAGCAGAAUUUAUACUAAAGGAGAAGGUUCUGAAUUGUCGGACAAAGGAAAAUAUAAGAAAAAAACUCUUUCUUUAGCUGAAAGGAGAAGAGCAGGGGAAAAGCCAUAUAAAUGCCUGGAGUGUGGGAAACUCUUCAAAUGGAGCAAUUAUCUUACUUCCCACAGAAGGAUGCAUGCAGGGGAGAAACCAUACCAGUGCUUGGAGUGUGGGAAGAGCUUUGGUCAAAAAAGCCAUCUUAAUUCUCACAGAAGAACCCACAGUGGGGAAAAACCUUUUAAAUGCAUGGAGUGUGGAAAGAACUUUUCUCAGAGUAGUCACCUUAAUUAUCAUAGAAAGAUCCACAGCGGGGAGAAGCCCUAUGAAUGCACGGAAUGUGGGAGCACUUUCCGGAGGCGCUCUGAUCUUACUUGCCAUAAAAGGAUCCAUACAGGAGAGAAGCCAUAUAAAUGUCUGGAGUGUGGAAAGAGCUUCAGUCAGAAUUGUUCCCUUAGGUCUCAUCAAAAGAUCCACACACAAGUGAAAUCAUAUAAAUGCCCAGUGUGUGGAAGAAGCUUCCGAUGGAAACAUUGUCUGGUUUCCCAUAAAAGGAUCCACACAGGAGAGAAACCGUAUCAAUGCAGGGAGUGCAAAAAGAGCUUCAGUACAAGCAGCACUCUUUCUAUUCAUAGAAGAAUUCACUCAAACGAAUGCACAGAGUGUGGAAUAAGUUUCAGUCAGAGGGCUUACCUAAUUUCUCAUAAAAGGAGCCAUAAGGGAGAGAAACCAUACACGUGCGUGGAAUGUGGGAAAGGAUUCCAGAAAAGCAGCUCCCUUUCAUACCACAAAAGAAUCCAUAUAGGAGAGAAAACAUAUGAAUGCAUGGUGUGCAGGAUGAAUUUCCCUGAAAUGGGAUCGCUUGUGCGUCAUGAAAAGACGCACCGAGAGGAGAAACCAUAUAAAUGCAUGGAGUGCGGAAAGAGCUUCAACAAGAGCGCUGCCCUUACAUGUCAUAACAGAUCUCACACUGGGGAAAAGCCAUUUAAAUGUAUGGAGUGCGGAAAGAGGUUCAGUCAAAGUAGUCACCUCAUCUCUCAUAAAAGGAGUCAUACAGGGGAAAAACCGUACAAAUGCCUGGAAUGUGGGAAAAGCUUCUCUCAGCUUUGUUAUCACAAAAGAGUCCAUAGGACAGAGAAACCAUAUCAAUGUACGGAGUGUGGGAAAUGUUUUAAAUGGAAUAGCAGUCUUACUUCUCAUAAAAGAACUCACACGGGGGAAAAGCCAUAUAAAUGUGCCGAGUGUGGGAAAAGCUUCAUCACGAGUGGUAAGCUUUCUUUCCAUAAAAGGAUCCAUUCAGAAGAGAAACCCCAUAAAUGUACGGAAUGUGGAAAGAGUUUUAGUCAGGGAUGUGACCUAAUUUCCCAUGAAAGGAUCCACUUAAUAGCAAAACCAUUUAAGUGUACGGAAUGCGGAAAGUGUUUUCGUUGCAGCAGUGCGCUUCGUUAUCACAACAGGAGCCACACAGGGGAGGAACGUUACAAAUGCAAGGUGUGCGGGAAGACAUUCAAAACUAGCAGUAACCUUACUUCACAUAGAAGGAGGGCCCACUUGAAAAAGAAGUAACUGCCGAGAGUAGGGGAAGAGCUUUAGUUAGGGUUUUGACCUAAUUUCUCAUCAAUAAGUCCACCCAAAAAGUCUAUAUAAGUGGAACGGGCAAGUAAUUUGAAUUGAGUGCAAAGGAUUCAUACGAAGGAAUAUUGUCCUAAAAUACAGAGACGUCCUGUUAUCCAAGUCCAGCAGAGGGCUGGACGAGAAGACCUCCAAGACAGGAGUUAAUCCAGCAGGUUCUGACAGGUUCUGGAGAACUGGUAGCGGAAAUUUUGAGUAAUUUGGGGAACCGGCAAAUACCACCUCUGGCUGGCCCCAGAGUGGGGAGGGAAUGGAGCUUUUGCAGUAUCCUUCCCCUGCCACGCCCACCAAGCCACUCCCCCCAGUGAUGCCAUGCCUACCAAGCCACACCCACAGAACUGGUAGUAAAAAAAAAAAUGGAUUUUACCAGUGCUCCAAGGUCCCUUCCAGCUCUCUUCUGAUUCUGAUUUAAGUCCUUUGCUAGCCAUAAUGUGAUGGACAGAAGAAAAUCAUGCGUGAAAGAUUAGAGAAUCUUCAGGCCUAACACGGAAUGGACUUCUUCAGCGAACACUCAUUUAUAUUGUUACUUUGGGUUCCAACUGCAAAAAGAUUAUUUUUUUCAUGAGUGAGGGGUGAGGGGUGAGAUGUUUUCCUUUGGCAGUUUAUUAAUGUAACUGAUAUUCAUGGUGCUUUUAUAGGAAUUAAAGUUUAUUUUUUGUUUAGUUUACAGACACUGGGUAUAUACUCUAUGCCAUUCACAGUUGUCAUAGAAAUAAAACAAAGUUUUCCUAAAA